AUGGCAAGGUCGACGAGAGCUAACACUCCACUCGCGCCAGAACAACCGACUAGGAGGCAGCCCAAACGAGGUGCAUCCAGCGAGCCGGAACCAAAGCCAGCCACCGUCGGUACUACCAAAAGUGGCAAAGGCAAAAGGGGACGUCCUAAGGCCUUGGACCCCAUCCCGGAAAAGUCGCCAAGUCCAAAGGCAAGUGGUCCUAGUCCAAAAGCCGGAUCAGACAACAGGGACGCCAAGGACAACGGCGACUUAGAUGAACCACAAGUCAACCUCGAGGAUUUGAGUCCGACUCUUUCAACGGGGCCGGAAUUCAAGGCAGCUGUGCGCCCCGACCCCGAGGCGAUCAAGGCAGCAGUCAAGACUGUAUAUCAUCCCGAUCCACGCGGCUUCAAGAACAAAAACGGCACCCAAUGCUAUCGCAACGCCUUGAUUGUGACGUUGCUAUCGAGCAGUAAACUCAUGUCGUGGAUUGAGCAUCGUUAUAUUCCGAACCUCCAAGCCGGGGGGGUGACCAUUGACAGUGUCGUCGCCAAAAAGGGCUCCAAGGCCGGUAAGAAACCACAGCGCGUCCUCUACACCGAUUUCUGGUGCGAAUUGAAUGCUCUGCAUACCGUGUGGUGUGAUAGCAGCUUGGACCAGAAGGACCUCGACAAGGCCAUGGAUGUUCUCUGGAAGUGGUUGCAGAAGGAAGACAGCAGCGGCGUUGUUACGAAUAGGUGGGCACCUAGAUUCAAGGGACACCAAGAUGCCAUAGAGUUCCUGGCAUGGUCCGUGGAAUUGGCCACCCAGCAGCUGGAGAGGUUUGUCCAACUUCAAGCCCAGGGGGUCGCCGGGAGCAAUGUGCCACCGUUGGAUCCCAUACAACGGAGUCUCUUGGAAAGCGUUAGUAUCAAAGAAAUAAUCGGAUUUGAACACACAACCCGAGGUCUUUGCGUUGUGUGCGGUGGUCUGCGGGAAGGCGAAGAUGCCCGAUCCAAAUACCGUGUCGAGCGCCCGGACGCAGAUUGGCGGUGGAUAGUGUCAUUGGGCGAAUCUGCCGACGACGGCCAACCAGCGGCCAAGUCCUCAGACCCGAGAAAGAUUGAAGACCUCAUCCAAGGAGAAAUGAAGGCAUUGACAAAUGGUCAGAGAUGCAGCGUCUGCUAUUCGGAGUGGGAGGCCAUGAAGGACAAACGCCUCGCCAAGGCGGAGAAGAGAGGCGGGAAGGAGGAAAGAAGGAAAGAAUACCAGAGGAUCAUGGCUGAGCUCGAGCCAAUCCUUGCUAGAAAGAGCACACAGUGGAGACGGUUUCAAGUCCUGCCCGAAGUGUUGAUCAUCCAGCUCAAGCGCUUUAAAUCCGAGAUGCUGAGGACCAGUACGGGGACAGGCAUGGUGACGUCCAAGAAUGACACGCCAGUGGCCUUCGACGAGUAUCUUGACCUGAAAUCCUUUAUCGAACAUCGUGUCGAAGAGGAGGUAGCGGUCAGCGGGUCUACCAGGUAUCGCUUGACCGGCAUCAUCAAUCAUUACGGAAUUUUGGAUGUUGGGCAUUACAUUGCCGACGUCAGAAUCGAUGAUACCUGGCACGAGCUCAAUGACGCAAGGGUCAAGCCCGAGGCUGAUUUGCAGGCAUUCUUGCAAAAUCAACGUUGGGGUCCGUAUGUGCUCUUGUAUGAGAGGUGUGCUAUUGGGGAUGACGCUGGAGCCGACAUUGUGGGUUCUGGCGAGAAAGACGACGAUGCCAGUGCCAACGCUAACGCCAACGUUAAUGUCACGGUUACUGCCACUGGCAAAGGUGACGGUGGUGACGAUGACGGCGACGGCGAUGACAGUGAUGAUGCUGAUGAUGACAACAAGGGCAGCCGCAAUGACAACAAGCCGACGGGCAAGGGCAAGGGCAAAGAGAAGGAUCACAAACAUGAUAGCCCCGAUCGAGCCGCAGCGGCCGUGCCAUCGCAAAGCCCAUUGCUCCCUGUGGUUCAGGGGUUCGGCCAGUCCAGGGCAUUCGGUAUCCAAAUCGCUCAGGACGCCCUUCAAAAGGGCCAAAUUUCCCUUAAGGUGCGCGCCACCAUCAAUGGCUGCGUUAUCCAUUUCCCAACUUACGUCCUGAGCGGGUGUGGUAUGGAACACGGCCAAAAUGGUCGACAGACCGCUGAGGUCGACAUGGUCCUACGCGACCAUGAAGAUGCCGAGGCGCAGAUCAUGGGACGGGCACUCUUGACACUUGUCCCAACGCGUGCCGAAGCAGGUGGGCGCGAUGGAAUUGUUGAGCCGGCGAAAAGCAGCAGCACCAGCAAGAAACGGAAGCGUCAGGGGAACGGUGAGCCUGUGAAGAGCAGCCCUGGGAAGAAAAGAAAGGGUAAUGAGGCGAAGCCUUCCCCUAAUAGUCAGAAAGGCAAGCGAGGCAGCGGAAGUAGUGGUGGAAAGUCGCCACGGUCAAGCCCACGGACACGGGCAUCUCCUCGUUCGCCGAUCGAGCCUCCCAGCUCGGACGACUGGAAAACGAAACCUAUCGAUGGGCCUGGCUUGGACUAUGAACCUACUCCCAGGAAUUUGAGAGGCAAGUCGAAAGAUUCGGACUUUGCAUCGUUAUUUGGAAGUCCUUAG